GGUUGCAUGCCGGUAUCCGUAAAUUUCAUUCUCCAAAAAUGCAUUCGACUUUGUGAGCACUUUUCAUUUUUAAUUUGCAAGAAAUAAAAGAAAACAAUAGUAUUUAUGUUUGUGCAGUUGUCAGCCAACUUUAGACCGUAAAAGUCACCAGAAUUUCAAAAAUAAAAACAAAAACAUUAGCUAACUUUCAGCAUCUACAGUGGUAUAAAAAUAACGUAAACUGUUGAGCUUUAUCGCAAAGAUAAUACAAAUGCUUAAAGUAUUUAUAAAAUGAUGGGUUAGAGUGGACUAUAUAAUCAGUAAUUGACUUAAACAGUGCAAUCAUGUUGUUUAUGCUGAUAGUGACAGUUCUGCUGGUUUGGCUGCUGCGAUUCUUCCUGAACUUGGCGUUAAAGGAGCAAAAAUAUCGUCAACAAUUAAAUGGUUUGGCGCCCAACGUCUCCGAUGUGCCCAUAAUUGGAGCCCUUUGGCAGAUGCGUGACUUUCAGCCGGAUAAUUUACAUGAGAAGUUCGCUGAAUACGUGCAGCGCUAUGGACGCAGCUUUGUGGCAACUACAUGCGGACGGAUGGUGCUGGUUACCGCCGAGCCGCACCUGGUGGAGACGUUGCUGUUGAGCAAACAGCAGCUGCGCAAAAGCAUCGUCUAUGGUGCAUUGCGUGGCUGGCUGGGCGAUGGCUUGUUGCUGAGUCGUGGCGAACGCUGGCACUCGAUGCGGAAAAUCAUCACGCCAACAUUUCACUUCAACAUAUUGGAGCAGUACAUCGAUGUAUUCGAUCGUCAGUGCAAUGUGCUUGUGGAGAAACUGAAGCCACUGGCCAACGAUCAGCAGGCAAUCAAUAUAUAUCCAUAUAUGGGACUGAUGGCUCUCGAUAUUAUUGGCGAGGCGGCGAUGGGCGUCAGCAUCAAUGCCCAGCUGGAUGUGGACUCGCCGGUUGUGCAGGCUGUCAAAGACGUAACCAAUACGCUGGCGACACGCUUUGUGCGUCCACUGUUGCUGCAUCCCACAUUAUUUCGCUACUGUUGGCCUAGUGGCUAUCGCAAGCAGGUGGCUGCUGUGCAGCUGCUGCGCAAUUUCACCGACAACAUCAUCGAGCGGCGCCGUCAUCAACUGCUACAGCAGCAAGAGCAGCAGCAAAAGAAGGAACAAGAGUUGCCGAAGCGAGCUGCAUUAUUGGACACCUUGUUGCAGGCGCGCUAUGCGGAUGCGCCAUUGACUGAUGUCCAAAUACGCGACGAGGUGAGCACGUUCAUCUUUGAGGGUCACGACACAACCACGUCGGCUGCCUCCUUUUGCCUGUAUCUGCUGUCGCGGCAUGCUGCAGUGCAGCAGCGGCUCUUCGAGGAGCUGCACACGCACUAUGGCUGCGAUUUGCAGCGUCCCGUUGUCUAUAGCGAUUUUGUGGAACUCACGUAUCUGCAUGUCGUGGUCAAGGAGUCGUUGCGCUUGUUUCCGCCCAUUCCAGCGGUGGGACGCUGCCUGGAAAAAGAUUUAGUUAUAGGUGAUUCAAUUUUGCCCUCUGGCACCAAUGUGAUUCUGCUGCUUUGGCAACUGUUGCGCGACGAGAAGUUCUACGAGGAUCCGGAACGCUUCUGGCCGGAGCGACAUCUGGCGACCAAUAAAACAAACGAAGGCUUCUCCAGUUAUAUUCCCUUCAGUGCCGGACCACGCAAUUGUAUUGGACAGCGUUUUGCAUUACUCGAACUCAAAACUAUUGUCAUCAAGGUGCUGCGGCAAUUCGAAUUGUUGCCCCAGGGCAAGGAAAUUAAGCCCUCCAUUAAACUGGUGCUGCGCUCUGCGACAGGCGUUAAUUUGGGACUGAAAACACGCGUUUACACGUAG